GUGCCGCUGGUGGGGAGUUGCCGGUGGGGCGACAUGCGUCAGGAUGCUGGGAAGCAGUAGAGCCUGCAGCAGGUAACCGAUAAGAUGGCAGCCGGGGAAGCGACUGGGCACAACUACCUGGUGGCGUGCUGGCAGCCCAUCCUGAUCCUGAUGCUGGGCACUGUGCUGUCUGGCUCCACCACAGGCUGCCCGUCCCGCUGCGAAUGCAAUGUCCCAGAACGCUCCGUCAUGUGCCACCGCAAGAAGCUCAUGACCGUCCCUGAGGGAAUCCCCUCCGAUACACGGCUGCUGGACCUCAGCAAGAACCGCAUCAGAACCAUCAACCCCGACGAAUUCGCCAAUUUCCCCAACCUGGAGGAGCUUGAGCUCAACGAGAACACAAUCUCCACCAUCGAACCCGGGGCCUUCAACAACCUGUAUGGCUUGCGGACAUUGGGGCUGCGUAGCAACAAGUUGAAACUAAUCCAGCUGGGCGUCUUCACGGGUCUGAGCAAUCUCACACAGCUGGAUAUAAGUGAGAACAAGAUUGUCAUCCUGUUGGACUACAUGUUCCAGGACCUGUACAACCUCCGGUCUUUGGAGGUGGGGGACAAUGACCUGGUUUUCAUCUCCCACCGGGCUUUUCAUGGCCUGAGUAGCCUGGAGCAUCUGAGCCUGGAGAAGUGCAACCUCUCCUCGGUGCCCACAGAGGCUUUCACACACCUCCACAGCCUGAUCACGCUCAGGCUGCGUUUCCUCAAUAUCAAUGCCAUUCGGGAUUACUCUUUCAAAAGGCUCUAUCGGCUUAAAGUGUUGGAGAUUGCCAAUUGGCCAUAUUUGGAUACUAUGACCCCUAACUGCUUGUAUGGAUUAAAUCUAACCUCCCUGACCAUUGCAAAUGCUAAUCUGACCACAAUUCCCUAUGUAGCUCUGAGGCACUUGGUGUAUUUGCGUUUUCUUAAUCUGUCCUAUAAUCCUAUCCACACUAUUGAGGGGAAUAAACUCCAUGAACUGCUGCGACUUCAGGAGUUUCACCUGGUUGGAGGGCGGCUCGUCAUGAUCGAGCCCUAUUCCUUCCGCGGCUUAAACUAUCUGAAGAUUCUCAACGUGUCUGGGAACUCUCUCAGCACUUUGGAGGAGUCUGCAUUCCACUCAGUGGGCAACCUGGAGACCCUUGCUCUGUACAACAACCCGCUGGCCUGCGACUGCCGGCUGCUGUGGGUUUUCCGAAGGCGUUGGCGGCUCAACUUCAACAGGCAGCAGCCCACAUGUGCAUCCCCCGAGUUUGUCCAAGGCAAAGAGUUCAAAGACUUCCCAGAUGUUCUGCAGCCUAAUUACUUCACCUGUCGCAAGUCCAGGAUCAGGGACCGCAAAGCGCAGCAGAAAUUUGUGGACGAGGGAGCCAUAGUUCACUUCACCUGCCAGGCCGAUGGGGAUCCUGCCCCAGUGAUAAUGUGGCUGUCCCCGCAGAAGAAAUUCAUCACCACCAAGACCAUCGGAAGGCUCUCUGUUCUGCCAGAUGGAACACUGGAGGUCCGGUAUGCCCAGAUUCAGGAUAACGGUACAUACGUCUGUAUAGCUAGCAAUGCAGGUGGGAAUGACACCUCACUUGCCCACCUGCACAUUCACAGCUACUCACCGGACUGGCCUAACCAGCCCAACAAGAGUUUUGCAUUCAUCUCCAACCAACCCACAGAAAUUGGUGCUAAUGGUACGCGCGCUAAUGUUCCUUUCCCCUUCGACAUUAAGACCUUAAUCAUCGCCACCACCAUGGGCUUUAUAUCUUUCCUUGGCGUCGUCCUAUUUUGCCUGGUGCUGCUCUUUCUAUGGAGCAGGGGUAAAGGCAACACCAAGCACAACAUCGAGAUCGAGUACGUGCCAAGGAAAUCAGAUGCUGGUAUCAGCAGCAGCACAGCAGAAGCCCCUCGCAAGUUUAACAUGAAAAUGAUUUAA